AUGCCCAUGACGCAGGCUUUUUCGCCAGCAGCGCUGACCGUUCCCUAUCACCAACUGCUGGCCGUGAACUCGAACGGCAUGAAGCUGAGCAAGAUAGCGAAGUUAGCUGUGUGUUUUGCAGCGACCGGUGCGGCAGCACACGCAGUGAGCGGUGAUGAUGGCGCGAGUGCGCAUAAUAAGGAGUUUUCGAUGCCUGAACUAGUGCGGCAGACGAAGCUGCCACCACAUUGGCUGCUGACGGGGGAUGCAGCUUUUGAGGAGGGGCGUAUUGUGCUGACGCCUCGCGAAAAGAGCAAGGGUGGGGUGUGGCACAAGAAGAGCUACGAGGUGGCGGGGGACUUUACGGUGGAGUGGACACUGCGGGCCCGGGGACAUAACGAUAAAAGCGCUGGCGGGCUUGCUUUCUGGCUGUUGACGGAGAAUACUGGAAAGGACACAGGUCUGUACUACGGCCCGUCGCGCUUUGACGGUCUGCAGGUGCUGGUGGACUCCAACGGGCCGCUGCGUGAGGCCCUAACCGCACGUCUGAGCGAUGGGAGCAAGCCCCUGACCCGGGAAGACGUACACGAGAGCACGUUUGGGUCGUGUAUUGUGCCAUAUCAGGAUUCGGAUGUGCCCACCACCGUGAGACUCAGCUACGAUUCUGCGCGCACUCUGUUGAAGGUGCAGAUUGACCACAACGUGUGUCUGCAGACACGGCAGGUCCAACUUCCCCAGGGGAAUUAUCAAAUCGGUAUUACCGCUGAUAACAGUGUGACCCCCGAGGUAUUCGAACUGCUCAAGUUUGAUCUGUACAAUGGGUUGACUGCAGAGGCGACUCUACCGAACGCCGUAUCGAUGCCGCAGCCGAAGCUCGUGCUCAAAUCUGUGGAUGAGGAAACGGGCGAGAAGCACAUGAAGGAGAUGAACACACUCGAACUUAUGGCGUCGGAAUUCACCAAUGUGGAUAUUUACAAGAAACUAGACGGAUUGGAAGGUAAGUUGCUUGCGAACGAUAUUGGCGAGCUCUUCACGCACGUUAGGAAGCUCCAGGAAGCACAGCGCUCGCAAUUGCAGAAGCUUGAUAUGCUGCUUGAGAAUAUCCAACGGUUGACGCGCACAGAUUCUGAUGGCAAUCCUGAAUAUAGCUUCGAGAAGUUUUACCAAUUUGACAGCAAGCUGGAGAAAAUGCUGAAGGAGCAACAGCAGCUUAAGGAAGCAACGAAACAGCAAGCCUUAAUGCAGGCAGGGCCGCACGUUGACGACAUUGUACAGAAAUUACUAAUUUGGAUGAUACCUCUGGGCCUGAUCAUGCUGGUCAUGGCCUACUAUACGUUCCAGAUUCGUCAGGACAUCGUCAAGGCGAAACUGCUUUAA